AUGACGAUAUCGAAUGAAGACGAUCUAACUGAGAAUCUUAAAGAGAGGACAUUUACCAACUUGUCGGAGAAACCGAAUCUAAAAGGUGAUCGGUUGAAUUUCUGCCUGUUGACGUUACUAUAUGUCUUACAAGGUUUUCCAAUAGGCUUGAGUAGUUCUAUUCCGAUGAUACUGCAGAGCAAAAAAAUGGCAACCUACGAAGAUCAAGUAAGUUUGUAUGCUAAUACUUAAUAUUAAAUUUUGUUCAAAAAUAAAAUAAAAAGUGUAUAAUCGAAAACCCUGCAGUGUUUUGCAGGAAUCCUCUUUUUAAAAAAUAAUUGCAUUUACAUUGCACUCGAUGUAAAAUAAUACCCGUGUGUAAGCAGACCUCUGCUACUAAAGCCGAAUUCCUCCCUUCACCUAUUUUGUAUUAUAGGAAUAUUGUUUAAAAAAUAAUAAAUAAUCGAAUUCCCAAAACCAGAUUAGUUGCUUAGCGAGCCCCGAAAGCAAAUAAUUCAAGUAGGUCUAAAAUUUAAAUAUAAUAUAUUAUAAAUAUAAAAAAAAAUCAAUAGAAAUACCUAAAAUAAAAUAUUCUAUAGGAUAUUUAUAUUGUAGAAUGCGGUAGGAAGGGGUAAAAAUGAAAAAAAAUAUCACGAUUUAUACGAAUUAUCAGAAAUAUCAGUUACUUUUGUGCUGUUUUUUUUUUUGAGGUCCACAAGCAAUGUUUAUUUUGUAUGUAGGUAAAACUUACAUUUUUUAACACAUCUGCUCUUAUGAAAAAAUAAAUCAUCUGUCAUAAAAUUAAACUAAAUAAUAAUUAAAUUAAACCUUUUUAUUUAAAAUUGUCCAAUAUAGGUUUCUGAAGUUAUUUUAUAGAAAAACAAUUAUGUCACUGGCAUUUUACAGUAGUGCACUUAUAGUAAGUGUUUUGGCUGAAAUAUUUUCCCUUCGAAAAAUAUAUGUAUAAGUAUGGUAGAUACUGUGGGAGGAAUAUUAAAUGUAUUAAUUAAUUCUAUAUGUAUUCAGUAAUGAAAGUUUCUACCAAUGCGUGGCCUAAAAAUACGUACGCGUUUGUCUUUAUAGUAAUAUUUCAUAUACGACCUUGUACGUUUAAUUUUUGUUUUUAUUCCAUUGGAUACAAAGAGGACUUUGAAAUAUCUGCAUGCCAUUCUUGAGUAGUAAUUACAAGUUUCGAGAAUGAAUUAAUUCUUUGAUCAACUCGGAUUCAUGAAGUUUUGUAUACCGUCAACAUUUUUGACUUUUUUAGCAACAUACAAAUUAUAUUAUAUUUCAUACGUCGUGUUUCAAUAUCGAGCGAUGAUUUUCCUCAAUUCCUUCAUUCUAAGUCAAAGAAAUUAUCGUUAUCGGAUCUGACGGACAUUAUGUAGCGGCAUUAAUUUCCGAAAUAAUAAUUAAUAUGUUCAAUAAUAUCCAAUGCCAUGCGACUGGCACUGGUAAAAAAUAAUCCGAUUUGUAGGUGUCUUAUGAUUAUGAAUUUUUUGGUCUGUAGAGAAAUAUUAUGUAAGACGGUCGCGGCGAAGAACCGAUUUGCGUUAUCUGUCGAUACCGUCGCGUCUAACCCAUAUCGAGCAUAUAAUACUAUAACACAAAUUCAAUACCGAUUGAAAAGUAACGGUAGAAGGGGUAGAGGGGCUGGGGUUAUAGUCUGUACCAAGUGCGCUGUACUGGUAAAAUAUUAAAUAAAAAUAUUUAAAUGCGCCCGAACGGCUAUGGUAUCUUAUAUUCUUAUCGUCCGUUACAGCUUGAUUGGGUUCUAUGCUCGUGCGAAUUAUUAUUAUUAUUUCGUGUAGUUGAUAUGCUAUAAGUUUGCGUAUUUUGCGUACCACCAGAACGAGGAGUCUCGGUCACGUACUGCCAUGCAUUAUUACAAUACAUACAUUUAACGUCAUCCGGUACGAGUAGAGAACAAAAAAAAAAAAUGGUUUACAUGUCUUGAGCGUAAAACAUAAUACAUGUACCCACGUAAGGUUAGGUAAGGCAUUUUUAUUUUCUUUUGUUAAGUUAGGUAUGCGAUCUCAGUAUAGGCUAUAAACCACAUUAUCGAGAGACACGUUUAUAUUUAUAUUAUCAACACAGAAAUGCAUUGGUUUUACUGCAAUGUGUGGUUUUUUAUCUGUCUAUUAAUAACUUUUCUACCAUUAAUAAAUAUUUUCACAAUUUCAAAAAUGUUUUAAUAUAAUAACGCACGACGGCUGAUAUAAAAACUUAUAUUUAUCGGAUUGGUCUGUUCGAUGAUAUACCUAGAUUGAAUUUUUCAAAAACGAUAGUAUUUUUACAUUGUUGUAGGUACUAACACAGUAGAUUAGUGACUAUCGAUUAUCGUCGUGUACAUGAAAGAUAGAGUGAUGGUAAUUUUCACAACAGUUCGAUAAUUACUAUCGCCCUGUUCACACAACGAUAGUUUAUCGUGGUAAAUAACAUAUUUGUGAAUUUCGCAACUAUUUAGAUUGUGAGUUUGUGACUAGGUUAUGGGAACCAGGUUUUACGCGAAUUAUAUUAUCGUUAUUAAUACACACUUUAAUAAUUAAAACACCUAUAAUUAUUUUAAUACUAUUAAUAUGAUAAGUCGAAAGAUUCAUUUUAUACGAUACGUUUUCAUAAUAAUAUGUUAUGUACUAAGGGCUAGUUUAUAUGAAGAGCGUUAAACGCGCGUUGACAUUGACACGACUGUUUACAUGGUUACCGAUUUUACGCAUUUUAAACGCGCGUUUUUACCGUAGUCAGUCGAGUGUUGACUGUUGAACGUUAAACAUGGACGUUGCAGAUGCAAUUUGUACACGGAUGCUAUAUUGUAGAAGACAGCGUCAUAGACAAAAAGAAAGAAAAUAUUGGGUUCAUCCUAUUUUACAAAAUAUACUUACUUCAAGCCUUUACUUCACCCUUUAUCCGAGUCUCAAGAGUUAUGAACCUACAUUUUUCAACUACUUUAGGAUGUCAAUUCAAUAUUUUGAUAACUUGUUGGAGCUAAUAAAGGAUAACGUUAAGAAAUUCAUCUCCGUCCACUUUUGACAAAAUUACAAACUUGUAACUUCUUAAACUUACAACUUUUUCGAAAAAAUAAUUGCACAAACAGAACGUAUCGCUACGAAACGCACGUUGCAACUGAACACUUCAAUGCUUAUCUGUGUAUAUUUCAGACAUGUUCUAACGCACGUUGACAAUAAAUGCGCGUUAUCAUCUGUACAAUUAUUAAGAAAUUGUAUAGUAAUUGUAAACGCGCGUUUAACGCCUUUCAUGUGAACUAGCUCUAAGUACUUAUACGGGAUUUAUACAGGACUUUUCCUGAAUGCGUGUUUAAUCGUAGAUCUUACACUGUUACCCUAUAAUAAUACAUAUACAUAGUCAUUCAAAUAGCCUAAUGCCUAAAGCGAUCAAAUGUUUAGGGUCACGUGAAAAAAGUGAAUGAAUUACUAACAUUUAACUAUGUUACGUAAAAAAAAGUAGGUAUUAUACUUUUUAUUAAUAUAUUUUCAUGAGAAAUGUAAUUUUUAUAAUGAUAUUUUUUGAUGGACAAAGAGGAAAAAAUUUAAUCAUUCACAAAAUGUCUGUAUAAAGAAAAAGUACUUUUCUGGAUUUUAUACAAUAUAAUAUUUUACAACUUUUAAUGUAAUUAAUGUAAUAAUUAUCUAUCAGUGACAUAUUAUUUAUUAUUUACGACUGUAUUAAGAAAAUGUAAUAGACUUAUAUAGAACUCAUUUUUUAUCGUCAUUAAUAAUAAUACUAACAAUUUUUAACGAUGAUGGUUACUUCAAGUAACUUACUUGUACUAUAGAUGAAGUAAACUGCAUGUAUGCAUUGUAAUUUUUUUUUUUCAUGUUAAAUUAUAGUUUCCUACUGCAUAACGAAUUUGGAUAAUUUUAAAAUAUUUGUAUCUAUCUAUUGGUGGUAGAUACACCCGUACGUGAAGUAGAAACAUAUUGUAUAAAUAAAUGCUAAUAUUUCGAUAGUCUUAAAAAACCUUGAAAUACCAUUGAACAUAAAUCACAAAACCUGCAUGACUUAAAAACUAAUGACAAAAAUACACUUAGUAUACAAUUGGAUCUAGUAGCGAAUUCAGGAAAGACAACCCCAUCUAUUAAUACAAAAAAAUUAUACUAUUUAUUUACUGCGAUAUAAAGAUGAUAUUUAUUCAACUCCCUUUCCCCCGAAUUUUCAAUUAUAUUUAAAUUGCGUACAGGAUCUGUAAAACAUAUAUAAAGGGUACUAAAUUACAUACCAACAAAUAUAUAAAAAUUGGAAUUUAUUAUAAAUAAACUAAAUGUGUUUUUAAAAAAUAAAGAAUUACCUAUAUUUAGGGAUGGCAAUAAAACUUCGAUACUUAUAUUAAAACAUUGAUGUUUGAAUUAAAAUAAUCGAUAUUUUGCAUCGAUGUUAAUUCUUUACCAAUGUUUUAAUUUCGAUGUUUGCUUACCUUCGAUGUAAUUUCGAUGUUGCUUUUCUACGAUAUUCACAAGUAUUCUUAUACAUAAUUGGACAAAUUAUGAUUUCUGGAGUCUGAAUGGUUAUAGUUUAUAUUUGGGGUUUGAUUUUUGGGCAAUGUACCUAUAGAAAAGGGCAAUUAUUUCCUCAAUAUUUCAAAUUAUUGAUGAUGUUUUUCAAAUGUUUUCACCAUUGAUUUUUUUUUUAAUUUUCUAUAUUCUCAACGUUGUUGGUUUGAAAUAAACACAUACAUACUUCGAUGUUCACAAAAAAAUUGCCUUCUCUAGUGUAUACUGAUUUAUAAAAUAAUAAAAAAAUGUUAUCUUUUCAGGCUUUGUUUAGUAUUUCGGUCUGGCCGUAUAGCAUAAAAAUUUUAUGGGCACCGGUAGUCGACGCUCUUUAUUCCAAAUGGCUGGGUCGACGAAAAAGUUGGUUAUUGCCCCUUCAAACGUUAAUGGGUUUGUAAUUUUUACUCGUAUAUUCCACACUUAUCUUAAUUAUAUUACCACGUAGUAUACAGUUUUCAGAAAAAAUCCGGUAAGGGAAUUGUAGCCACAGCUGCCCACAGUAACGACAAUAACAACGAAAAAAAAAAAGUUCACCCAGUCUAAACUUAAUGCGGCACAAAAGAAUUUGAUGUUAAAAUUGUAAAUAUAAAAUUUAAAAUCUUUAGUCGUUGAAAAACCACAGUGGAUAGAAAAUGCUAUGUCAGAUAGGUGUCACAUGUUGGAGUAGAAAAGUUGAGUGUUGGAACGAUAGUGCCCAAGAAAUUUAAUAUGAAAUGAUGAUAUUUAUGAUAUUUGAAGACAGAUCAGUUUACAAUAGUAUGGUGCUUGUCCCCUUAUAAUUUUUCUGAAGACUGUAGCUCUCUACGUAUUAACACUUCAUCAAUUAUUCAUUUCUCACUUUUAUCGCUUAACAGGAUUGUGUUUAAUUCACAUGGCCAAUAACAUAAACGAGUGGUUACCGGAGUCAGGAAAAGCCAACUUAAAUAUGUUGAUAAUUAUGGUGUUUGUCAUUAAUUUAUUGUCCGCGACACAAGAUAUUGUCGUUGACGGUUGGGCGUUGACGAUGAUGAAAAAGUACCUAUGAUAAUCGAUGCAUUAGUGACGUGUAGAAUACCUACUUUUUUUUGUGCGAGUCUUAGCAAUAAUUUAUUGUUUAUACUUUCAAUCACUAUUACUCUUAUGAGUAAAUCACUAAUAAAUCAUAAUUCAUUAUUACUUUAAACUCAUUAUUCUAAAGUUCUAUAUUUUUAUACCUUCGACUAUUCAAGACUAUCCCACCAAUUUCACACAGGCCUUAAAAAACCGUCUUCAUCACGCCACUAACGUUGAUGAUAUAAUAUUUUUAUUGAAAAUUUGAACAAUUUUUUUACUUAAAUAUUUCUUGCAGACAGAACGUGGGUUAUGCUUCAACGUGUAAUUCCGUUGGAUUACCGAUCGGAAUGUUUAUCGGUUCCGUAAGUUUCAUUUUGCUGGUUUCCAAAGAGUUCAAUAAUAAGUAUUUACAAACUACGGUCGUCGCGGAAGGAAUAAUAUCAAUGGAAUGUAUGAAAAUAAUAAAUGGAUAAAUAAACGUUAUUUUAAAAUGAUUGCUUAUGAAAUCUGUUGAUGAACGUUAUUAACAUUGAGGGAUCUACGUAUGAAUUGACUUUUGCUUUAAAACAUGAUAUACCAACAGGAAUAAUUCUAAUAACUCGUAAAGUGGCCAAAUUUUGAUCAUAUUUUAGAUUUCGAGCGUAGCGAGGGUGCUAUUGGUUUAACUAAGAUGUUUAUUUAUUUUUUUUUCUAGUCUGUAGACACAUUUUUUCUUAGUAAACUUGCUCCGAUUUUUACGUGUAGCAAUUUUUCUUAAAGUUCAAGUUAUCUAGAUUGCACAUUAGAAGACGUCAUUUUUUGAAUAAAAACAUUUAAGUGGGAAAAAACGUAGGAAAACGUAUAAUUUCACGAUUUCAUUAUUUUAUAAAAACACGAAUGACGUUUUUUACCAGAAAAAAUGAUUUGAUCGAAAAAUUAAAAUAUACUUUUUUUGAUGACUUUUUGAUUUGUUUUAUUAUGGUACCAUUGCCAUAAUUUUUAAACCACCUUUGAGCUUUUAAGAAAUUUUAAUUUUUGGAACUUUUUUUGCUGUAAUUCGGUUAUAAAUACACGUAGACACUUGAAACUUGAUAAUAAUACUUAUAUUAGACUUACCUAGACGUAGUGAAAUUUCCCCAAAAUUAUCGGACGACUUUUUUUUUUUUUAAUAAGCGUUUUGAAAUCAAAUUUAAACGAAAAUUGCAAAACAAAUUACGACACUUCAAAUUAUGUAUUACCGAACUGCGCUCGGAAUCGUCUUUCAUUAAGUAAUGGUUUAUCGUUGGUUGCAGAUAUAAAUGAAAUAACCUUAUGUGUCCUACCUUUUAAACUUCUCACCUACAGCAGUGGCUGCUCCCAUUUCCAGUAUCAGCUCUUUUUUUUUGCUUUUGUUGGAGAGUAGAAGUUAAGAAUAAUAUUCGUGCAUUAUUUUGUUAAUAUAGAGUAUUAAACACUUUGUAUUUCUUAAGGUUAUUUAUGGGUUUUCGGCGUCAUGAUUUUGGUGAUCACACUUUUGGUCGGAUUGUUUAAAAAUGAAAAUAACAGUGACGUAUUGUCGAAAAACGAUUUUGAAACAGUCAACGUUUGUCAAAAUUACAACAUAUUAUGGACGAUUUUGAAAUUGCCGAAAAUGAAAUUAUUGGCUGUGGCUUUACUCACAGCGAGGGUGAAUAUUUAAUGUUUUGGUAUUUUGCAGAAAAAAAUUAUUUAACAAUAAACGCCUGUCGAUUAUUAUUUUUAAAUAUUAUGAAAUAAUUCAAAUGGUUUCUACUGGAAUCGUUCCGAUAGAAUUAAUAUGUUGCAUUUUCAACAUUCGCAAUAUAAAAAUCAUAUUUUUAUUUUUUUUUUACAUAAAAUUGAUGUGUUUUUUAGAUCGGGUUCGCUGCUAUGGACGGUGUCUCGAUUUUAAAGCUAAUCGAUGCGGGGUUUCCUAAAGACGACAUAAUGAUUUUAACAACAGCUUCAUAUGUCAUAAAAUUUACGAUGCCAAUAUUCGUUACCAAUUACAUUACGGGCCCGAAACCGAUUAGCUAUUAUCUGAAAGUAACGCCAAUCAGGUAUUAAAGACUCCAACGAGAAUUAGCAUAGAGCAACCGAAUUAAUUGUUUUAUUGGUUUGAGCGGGAAAAAAGUGUUAUUUCGAUGUAGUCAAUGUAGUUAACUGAUGAUGUGUCAACAAUACUUAUUAUCCAUUGGAGACGGAUUUAUUUAAAUAUUUCUAUUUUUAUCUUACGAUUGCCAUAUGGUGGUGACAAUAAAACGAUUUAUUAUUAAUUAAUAUAAUCGUAUGAUUAUUUAAAGUAAAUUUAGUUAAAAUACCUCUAUUGGGCUUUUCUUCGGAAUUUACUUGAUAUAAAUCUCUCUGUCAUGAAUGUCAUCACGUGUCAUUAUUUGUCAAUUGUUGACACAUAUAUAGACAAAUACUCGCGCGAAUGGACAUAAAACGAAUUACCACGAUAUAUGCUGAUUUAUAAUUUCCAUAAUACAGUGAACGCCGCUUAUAAGAUUCAUUUUAGGACCAGUAUAAAGUGAGUUUCAUAACCGAAUGAGCCUUAUAGGUAAAAUGGAGAAAGAAACUUUAUUUUGUUAAUUUAAUUUCAUAUAUCUUACUUUUAAACAUUGAAUUCAAGAUAUUAUUUAUUAUUUUAUUAUUACAUAUUAAUUUUUAAAAACCAAUUUAUUUUAAAAUUUCACUAAAAAUUUACAUUUUCUAUAAUUUUUUUUUUACAAAAUUUGAAUCUCAUAACCAACUUGUUUAUUUAAACGUAUUUAGAUACGCGUUUGAAACCGUUCUAAACCAUUUUGAUCCUUAUAAGCGAUUGAACCUUAUAUUCGUUAGUCUUAUAAGCGGCGUCCACUGUUUUUAUAAACUACGAUAAUAUUUUAAAUAAUCGCACGGGUGGUGACGCACGAUGAUGGAAAAGGUUAUGCUGUGACUGUUAAAAAACCUUCCAUUUUAUAUUAUAAUAUACAUACCCAGAGAUAUAGUUAUAUUAUUAAUAUUUACGGAAUCUUCUUGAUUUGUGCAUUUUUGUCCUCAGGCACGUCAGGUAACAUCAUAAGUAUUCUUCGAAAUUCGGAUAAUUUUAAAUUAAGCAUAGCAUUUAGAUAGAAAAUAAAAAAUCUUAGAUGAAAUAUGAUGUAAGCACCAUUUUCACAAGAAUGAUGAAAAUUUCCUUGAUAUUAAAAAAAAAAAAUAAUACGAUUUGAAAAUAUAUAGCAAUCUCUCAUAAACAUUUUAUUUUGGUACCUAUACACAAUAAUUUGUAAACAAUUUUAAUUUUAAAUUUUCCCCAUUUUCGUCGAUCCGGCUGGUUUAUGUCAACUAGCUGAUAUAAUUAAUGAUAAUAUAUUUCCUACAUGAUACCUACUACGUUUCAGAUUAUUAUGGGCUCUAGCAUAUGUCAUGUUGAUUUAUUUCACGCCAAUUUUAAUUCACAAAAACGAAACUGCAGUUUAUGUGCCAGUAUAUUAUUAUUUUGCAUUAGGAUUGGUUUUUUUAAUAAACGAGGUGAGUUUUUUAAAUGUUUAAUACUUAAAAACAAAGUAAAUGAUUCUGUAUAGAUAAAUCUUAUAAAACUUAGUUUUUGAUUUUUAGAUGCUGAGUUUCUUCAUGUUGUUAACGAUAUACGCUUUCUUUUGUCGACUGAGCGAUCCCCGAUUUGGCGGGACGUACAUGACGUUAUUUAGUACUUUUCUGUACUCGGGAUUAAUAGUGACGAACACUUUGGUUUUGAAACUAGUAUCCAUUUCGACUGUAAAACUAUGUUCGAACGACAAUGGCAACUAUUGUUAUACGGCAGAUUUAGAAAACGUGAGAUAUUUUCUAUUUAGGCGGAUUUUUUAUUCGGUUACUAAUUCAUGUUUAAGAGUUUAAAUAUUUUAAAUUUUGUUUAUAGUCGUGCAAAACGAACGGAGGGAAUUGUGUAGUGUUUGUAGACGGCUACUACAUAGCGAUCGCUGUAUGCAUGGUCAUUGGAUUCGUUUGGUACGGCGUUUUCAGAAAGAUCAUAAUAAAUUAUCAGUCGUUGGACAUUCAUAAUUGGUUGGUACACGAUCGUCAAACAACAAUUACAUCGGUCGAUAAAUAUUAAAUUAAUAUUAAAGUGUAACACGG